UCUGAACGAAUUAUUCGCCACACACAAAGUAGUCGCACAGCGGAAACGUGAACGUGUGGUGUAAUUCCAGUAGAAGCAAAUUGAAUAAUUUGAAUGAGAGUUCACUGAAAGAGAUAUAUUAAUUAAAGCAUUAAAGAAAAAACUCUAAAAAUAUAAUUUAAUAAAAAGUACUACAAGAAGUGAGCGUCGAAUGAAAGUCAAAAGUGAGCAGUGCGCCGUUUAACAACUCGAAAAAUUAUAGUAAAAAGUGAGCGUCAGCAACAAGAAAAUGUAUUUAUGCCACGCCUUUGCACUUGCACUACUACUCCUCUUGACGCACCCCUUCUACAAGGGCGUAAACGCCGGCGUCAAUGAGAAUCAAAUUCAGGUGAUCAACAGUUAUGUGGAUGUUUUAGAGACUCCCUGCAACAACUAUUACCGCUACGCAUGUGGCAAUUGGGGUAAAGUGCACUCAAAUGAGAAAUAUACGGAAAUCACCACCUUGAUAGAUCACAAGGUCAACAAGCGUUUGAUCGACUACUUCCAAAACUAUAAGCUGGAAGGCAGCGCUGAAGCCGCCAACGAGACCUACACUGACAAACUCUUUCUCUACUAUCAGACAUGCCGACGUGCGGAUAAACAAUUGAAGCGCUACUUGCAGCUGGUGCGUCCCAGCCUACACUUGGACUGGCAGCUGAUGCUGGAGAUACACGCUCCGAAUGCCACUUGGCCGGCCCAGCGCUUCAACUGGCUGUUCACGUUGGCCAAGUUGCGUCGCUACAACUUCAAGGGCGCCUUCUUCGAGCACAUAGUGGUGCAGAGGCCAAAUGAUGCCAAACGGUUCGUAAUCGAUUUGGACAAACCCACGGACAAGAUGCCGGAAUCGCUAGUGAUUGCAGUAUUGCUCAUGGGGUUGGGGGUAGAGAAACGGCGCGCCAUGGAGGUAGCAACGAAUGUGCAUAAUUUCGAGAAUUCCCUCAAAGUGGUGCGUGAUAUCGAGGAUGACAGAGAACCGCAGAUUAUAUCAUUACAAGAGUUGGAGCGCAUUAUGCCGCUCAUGCCAUGGCGUUUGUACCUACAAAUCGUGCUGAGCUACACACUCCCUGUGGACUAUGAGGUGCAAAUAAGCAAUCGUGAUUAUUUUAUCGUGCUCAGCAAGCUUCUAGAGCAAACCGAUCCGAGCUUGAUCGACAAUUAUAUAAUGGUCAAAUUUGUACUUUUUCUGAUAGCCAAUGGUCCCGAUGCGUUCGGUAAGGUGGAUUGUGCAAGGGAUGUUCGUAUAAAGAUGGAAUUGGGCGUUAAUUUCCUCUACAAGCAGCAAUUCUUGGGCAAAGCAGAUGUCAAGGUCGCCGCCGAUGUUGAGCGCAUAUUCGAGUUGACAAAGCGUGAAUUCGCCGCGAAAUUGAAUAGUAACCGAAUGCAUUUGCAACCAAACCAGCUGGAUUUCCUUCAGCGCAAACUAACCACCAUGCGCUACAACAUCGGCAAUCUACCGGCAAGCGUUAAUGAGCGCUUCGUCGACGAUUAUUAUGCCGACGUGCACAUCAACACCAAUGCGCAUUACAAAAAUCAUCUGGCCUUGCUGAAACUGGCCGCGCGCAAAGAGCACGAUCAGCUGACGGCGCCGCCACCAGACGUCAGCGAUUACUACUAUAACGGCCUUGAUGGCAGCUGCACGCCACUAUUUUUGUUUCGUCGAAAUCUCGUUGUCAUACCUUACGCUUUCCUGCAACCGCCCGCCUAUCAUGUCAACAUGCAUGACAUAUUGAAAAUGGGCAUUUUCGGAUUUGUGUUUACGCACGAGAUUAUGCACGGCUUUGAGUCUAGCGGUGUGCGCUUCGAUUAUACGGGCAAAUUCGCUGCGAUCGGUGACACUAUUCUCAGCAAUGAUCAGUUCAGUGCGUCGCUCACUUGCAUGGAGCAAACCGAAACGGAGAGCAUCGAUGAGCGUAUGGCGGACUUUAUGGCUAUUCGUGUGGCAUACGACACACUCUUUGGCGCCAACUCUAGCAUGAAUACACAACAGCCGAGCUACAGUAACAUAACACCGAAACGUUUGUUCUUCUUAACUGUCGCGCAGUUCUUCUGUGGCAACUUGCGCAGCGAUUUCUACGACCACGAUGCGGACGAUGUGCGCUUGCAGCAGACCCUCAUGCAAUUCGAGCCCUUCGCUGCGGAGUAUGGCUGUAGCAGCGGUGACCCCAUGUACCUGGAGAACAAGUGUCUGCUGUAUUAGGAUGUAUGCUGUAGACAAGUCGAUUGUCUAUUUAGCGUUUCUUAUGUAUUUGAGGUUAAGUUAUUUAUUCACUUUCUGCAAUAAACUCGGUUCUGCUACGUA